AUGGAUACAGAAGAGGAUGAAAUCGACGAGUGCAGUUUAGCAAUUUCAAAAGAGUUCAAAUUUUCGUUGCUUUGCGAAUAUUUACAAUGUAUCAAAAAUGUUCCGAAACAAGCAAAGACGUCAAGACGACGUAUUUUCACGUCGUUGCUUGAGAAAUGGUCAUCGUACAAUCGUAGUCAAAGUCAAACAACCGAAUCGACAUCCAACAACUAUACAGCGAGUUUCUAUCCAGCCUUGAGACUCAUCAUUAAUGCAUACGAUAAUCGCAAGUUCAACAUGAAAUCGGUAAUAUUUCCAUCGAAUAAGCCUCAAUCGCCCUAUACCUCUAAUAUUAGUUGGAAUCAAGAUUUGACGGAUUGGUUUUGA